AUGCCCUCUCGAGCUCCCCUCUUUUCACCAGUGGCUGAAUUUUCCAACCUCACCUCCGACUCGAAGGACAAUCAGUUCUUCGCCUUCGAUCCUCUCUCUGAUCUCUGGUUCCGCCUCCCUCCGGUGCCGAUUCGCACGGAUGGAUCCUCUCCUCGGAAUUUUCCGAUCCGGAUCCAAGUCGAAUCUCCAGUUUAUCGUCGUCGGAGGCGUACGACUGCUAGGCGGCCACUCAUUUAUCUGUCGAGAUUUACGAUCCGGACGCUGAUUUUUGGGAGCUCUAUUCGCCAUUGGCCCCGGAUUUCAGGUCCAGAAUCUCCUCGCGCUCUCUCUCUUCCGAUUUCUUCGAAGACCAUGGAAUUCCUCGAGAUUUCCGUCAUGCCGAGCGAUCUGCGUGAGAAUGGAAAUGAAAUGCGUUGGGCAGGAGAAUCUGAUCUACCUGACUUGGUGGCCUACUCACUCAACAAAGAAGUCCUCAUCUUGUCCAAAUUCAUCGGCUCUCCCCAAAUCCUUCAGCUCAUCGGCCACCAAGUCGCCGCCGAAGACGACGGCAAGUGCAGCGUUUACAAUCUGGUUUUGGAGUACGCCGCCGGUGGGUCUUUGGAUGACCUUAUCAACCAACGCAAGAAGCUGCCGGAGGAUGAGCUCAAAGGGUAUCUUCGUAUGAUGCUUACAGGGUUUUCUUGUAUUCAUUCCAAAGGCUUUGUGCAUUGUGAUUUCAAACCUUCUAAUGUCCUUGUUUUUCCCUCUCAACAUGGCAAUCCCGAUCUCAAAAUAGCCGACUUUGGCCUUUCGAAGAUGUAUAUGAAAGAACAGAGACCAAAGUCGAGUUUUGGUUAUAAAUCGAGUUUUAGAGGGACGCGUGAAUACAUGUCUCCCAAGUCUUUUAUUGGUGACAUUACACCCUAGACCAUUACACCCUAGAUAUUUGGUCUCUGGGUUGUGUUUUGAUUAAUAUGUUACCUGUGAUGUGUUGAAACUUGUAAA